UAUGUAAAGUAACGAAUAGAUGAUGCUCCCACUUCUUACAAGGGACCUGAAUCGAACUUUUCUUUUCACUAAAAAAGCCUCGCCAUACUGCCAGCGUUUAAAAGAAGUAGGUCGUAGGCAUUCUAUGCUCUAUUCUACAGAUGAGCGAUUCACCUAAAACAUUAUGCUUUGUUAAGGUGCAACAUUGAAAAUGGAUUUAAAAUCUAGAACUGCAAAACCAAAGCAAAGAAAUUACAAAAAGAUAAAUAGAACAACUAAUUUUGAAAAAGCUAUCAAUGUAGAUAUUUCCCCUUGGGAGAAUUUUUCACCUUGA